UGCAACAUGAAGGAUAAAGCGCGAUUCAUGAAGAGGCGUUGAACUGAAGAGCUGCACAAGAACAGCUCGCCUCUGCUGCUGCAACACGACAGACAGAAAGAAAGAAAGAAAGAAAAAGAAAGAAACUAAAAAAUCAUGCUCAGCAUCACAAAAGGAAGCUCAAGCUGGGGGCUCAACAAGAGGCCCGACCAGAGUUCUGGAUCUCCACUGUGGAUGAACUGAAUGUGGGCAGAGAGUUGCAGUGACCAACGAGAAGAAGAAAAAGCCAAAGCCUGGUGUGUGCGUCCGUGCGUGCGUGUGUUUGUGUGUGUGUGUGUGUGUGUGUGUGUGUGUGUGUUUUCAUAAGCGGAGCUCGGAGUGGGGGAUGUCGGGCAGAAGUGGAGGAGCGCCUCGGGGGUUCAGCAGCAACCCCAGCCUGCAGCCCCUCAGAGCCACGGUGCCAUACCAGCUCCAGAGGGGCUCAGCUCUCCUCUGCAGGGAGGUCAAGACGGCUGACAGGACCACGGCUCGCCCACCGAAACCCACUAUCCGCCGGACUCUGUCUCUGGACGCCAUCGUGGGACCCUACCUGCAGGGACAGUGGCCCAAAGAGGCGGAGAGCUCAGCUGUUUCCUGCGUCAACGACAAAGCAACACAGACUCCGAGUUCCUGGGCAGAGGAGACCCGAGGAAGGAGAAGUGCUGGCGGACACAAGCGCUCGGCGUCGUGGGGCAGUGCAGAACACCUGCGGGAGGUGGCCAAGCUGAGGAACCAGCUGCAGAAGCGCUCCCGCCACGUCCCUCCCCCAUCAGGCUACGAGCUGCCCCACCACCCCCUGCCAGCAGGUCACGCAGCCGGCAUCACUCAGACGCUGCCCCUGAUGCCGCUGAACAGACUCGCCCCGCGGUUGCGACGAAGUGUUGAAGGCCUUAACUUGGAGCUGGAAGAAGUGUUUGUUUCAGAGAAACCCGACGAUCAGCACGAGAUCCUGGAUAUCCCUGACGGCCACAGGGCUCCUGCUCCUGUGCAGAGAUGCAGCAGCGGCUCUCAGAGCGAGCCCUCCCCGGGACCCCUGGAUCUGGAUCCUUCCCUCCUCUCUCCCUCUCAGUCCCCCUGUCCUCUGGAUCCAUCGCUUCUGUCUCCUUCAAACUCCCCAUCACCGCUGAACGCAUCUCUGCUGUCCCCGUCACAGUCUCCCUGUCCCAUGGGAGAGCCAGAGCCAGUGGACCGUGAGACGAUGUGUCCUGCUUCGUCUACGUCGCUCCCCUCAUUUGCACUGGAUCCUCCUCUGCUGCAGCCCUGCUCCUCCGCUCCUCGUCCCAACAAGACCUACUCCUUCCAGCGCGAGCCUCCAGAGGGCUGCGAGCGAAUACGAGUGUGCGAGGAGACGAUGGCUGCCUGUCAGGACGAGCCUCUCCUGCAGCCGUCCUGCCCUGACCCCAAUAAAGUCAACUUCACCCCCCACGGAGGCUCCGCUUUCUGCCCCGUCAGUCUCCUGAAGCCCCUCCUGCCCUCCAUGGACCUCCUCUUCCGCGGCCUGUCAGUCUCUCCGGUCACCGGCUGCCCCGGCCAGGCCUCCCCCACCAGGCACCUGGGCAUGCAGUAGGUGCAUAUCUGAGCAGAGCCUCGCCUCAGGACUAAAACCACCACUGCACUGCCAGGACCUGCAGAAAACUGGAUGUUUGUUUUUUUACACGCCAACCGAUACCUUUGGUCACCACUACUGUAACGUGCCACGAUCACUGUGAUCAGAUAAGAGACUUUAGAUCAAUUUUGGCCUUAACUGAUCAUUUCCACCUGCAGGAUGCUUCAUUUCAGCUGAUAUUUACCUCAUCAGCACUUAGUAUUUUUUGUGGAUUUACUACAAGACUGAACUUCUGAAAAAAGGUUUUUGAUGUUUUUUUGAUAAAACUGAAUAUUGUUUUAGUUUCUGCGUCAGUGGCUCAGACAAAGACUGUAGUCUGUCUUCAUUUAUCAGUGUCAAAAUAAUUCAGAGUCAAAAACCCAAGCACUUACAACACACAAGUAUUACUCUCUUGCUAUCUCUUUAACAAAUUGAGCUGAAAUUUCAGUUGGUUAAUGAGAAUUGUUUCUGGCCCGUAGUUUAAUGGUGGCCUGCUUUCCUACAAAUGUAUUUCUAGGAAGAUAUAUAUUUUUGUAUCUUACUUAAGGAGGCUGGAGGUGAAACAGUUUUUUUGUAUUUGCUAAAAAGAAACUGACUUGUAUUUCUGUAUGUACUUUUAAUGAUUUGAGCAGGAAUGAAUUUUUUAUUAGCUUUAUUGCCUACAGCGUGCAUUGUUCCAACCAAACUUUUGCAAUUUUGUGAACGUUUUUAAGAAUUUUAAAGAGUCAAAGAUGAGUUGUUGUUUUUUUGUUAAAUCUGUGCCUCUUUGGAUACUCUGGUCACAAAGAGUAAAUUUCUUUUGAAAGAGGUAGAUUUCCUCUGUGUGAUUUUUAUGUCAAAUUCAUUAAAAAAAAGUUUUUGUCAGCAUGAUCUUAAAAACAUACCUAUAAUUAAAAAAAUGGGUAUUAUUUGUCAGACUGGAUCGUGCCUACUUUUCAUACUUUUCAUGUUUAGUGUGCUGUUGCCCUUGUGAAGAAAAUU